GGUCGAGUUACCUGGAGCAGGAAGUAGAAGGGGAAAGGUGUUACAUUAAAGCACGUCAUACAACACAAGAUCAGUACUUUCUAGCACACACACGCGUGCGUUACAGAUCACCAGACUCCUCACUGGGAGAAUAUGCCUUAUUCGGAAGCAAGAGCAACAUGUCAGAGCAGCAUAUGGACGACACAGCAGCUCUUGCACUGAAAAACCCCAGAACAUCAAACAUCCAACAUACGGCGGGAUGCAGUCGAGGUGUUACCAUCAACCCGCUGGCCUGGGCCAAGACGGACCUGACCUCCAUGACCUGCAGAUGAAGGUCGACUUCUUUCGUAAGCUGGGUUACUCUCCGCAAGAGGUGAAGGCUGCCCUGAGGAAGCUCGGCCUGGGGACGGACACCAAUGCAGUGCUGGGGGAGCUGGUGCGUUCAGGAGCCAAGGCUGUGCCCUCCUCUAGCUCUGACAGCGAUGAUAGUGGGUUCAGUUUGCCCCAUCGGGGAGGAAGCUCAUCUAGGGCACAGGGUUCAACACUGGAGGACACCACUGAACCAGAAAGUGACCUGAAGCCUAUUGUUAUUGAUGGCAGCAACGUGGCCAUGAGUCAUGGGAACAAGGAAGUGUUUUCUUGCCGUGGGAUUGAGCUGGCAGUUAAUUACUUCCUUGACCGAGGACACAGAAAUAUCACUGUGUUCGUGCCUUCCUGGAGAAAAGAGCAGCCCAGGCCUGAUGUACCCAUUUCAGAUCAGAAUAUUUUGGAAGAGCUGGAAAGGAAGAAGAUUCUUGUGUUUACACCUUCACGAAGGGUCGGAGGAAAGCGUGUAGUUUGCUAUGAUGAUCGCUUUAUUGUCAAAUUAGCUCAUGAUCUGGAUGGCAUUAUAGUAUCCAACGACACAUAUCGGGACCUGCAAAGUGAACGUCCGGAGUGGAAGCGUUGUAUUGAGGAGAGAUUGCUUAUGUACUCGUUUGUUAAUGACAAGUUCAUGCCACCUGAUGACCCUCUCGGCCGUCAUGGACCCAAUUUAGAUAAUUUUCUUCGUAAAAAAGCGAUGUUGCUUGACCACAAACGACAACUCUGUCCAUAUGGUAAGUACUCAUCAGUUUCUAUUACUCAGAAACAUUUCUAA